UGAAAACUUUAGACCUGAAUUAUUAAUAAGUAAUUGUUCUUCACGUACACGCCUAACUGUAUAUUAAGUUCUUUGAGUUAUAACCAUUCUGAAUUACAUUUUUAAUACAUUCACUGAAUUAGUGCUUAUAAGAUACACGAAUUUAAAAUGAAAAAAGGUUUCGUUCGUAUUGAAUUAAAUAAAACGGUGUGGGAGAUUCCAGAAGUAUUCAAGAAGUUGACACCCGUUGGAUGUGGUGCCUACGGACAAGUUUGUUCAGCAAUUCACAGUACCUCCAAUAAGAAAGUUGCUAUUAAAAAAUUGGGAAGACCAUUUUUGUCGGCUGUUCAUGCCAAGAGGACUUACCGAGAACUGAGGCUGUUGAAACAUAUAAACCACGAGAACGUUAUUGGUCUAUUAGAUGUUUUUACUCCUACUAAUUCUUUGAAAGACUUCCAGGAUGUCUAUCUGGUCACUCAUCUAAUGGGAGCUGACCUCAGUAACAUUAUCAAAACUCAGAAGCUUAGUGAUGAUCAUGUACAGUUUCUUGUGUACCAGAUUUUACGAGGUUUAAAG